AAUAACAGACGUAUCUUGGAAACCAAGAUUACGCGAUGAUGGUUAUCGAUGAGCAGACGACUGUUAUUUAAUAGCAGCGGGUCGCCUCCACCCAGCGGAGGCUCCCCUACAUCCCUCGCGCACUCCCUCAGACUACAAGAGGGCUCUCCAACCUUUCGCGGAGGUUCUUCAACUCCCCGUGUUGGCCCUUCAUCUCCCUCUCCGGAAGGAACUCCUCGUCCAUCCCGGGAACUCCGUCCAAAGCCUAUAUUACACAGAAAUGGUCGACCGCAAAGUACAGCCAGACAAUUCAUGCACAUGGCUGACCUCAUGACAAGCAAAGGCUACCGACUAGGGCCGAAGAUCGGGGAUGGUACAUACGCGACUGUCCGAGUGGUGGAAAGGGAGCGGGACGGUACGAUCAUGGCGGCCAAGAUUGUGGACACAAACAUACGCCCAAACACGUCUUUUGUGAAACAUUUCCUGCCGACCGAGCUGAGCAUUUCUAUCUGUCUGAGUCACAGGAACGCCAUCAAUACACACGAGGUUAUUCUGUGUGAAGGGUUUGUCUUUAUGAUUAUGGAUUAUGCUGUCCGCGGUGAUCUUCUGACCCUGAUUCGACAAAAUGGCAGUAUGUCGGACAUGGAAGCACGCCAG